CCAUGGGCGUGGCCACGUUCUGGCUUUUGGCCUUUGGGCCCAGGGCUGCGCCACGGCUGGUAUUCCUGGCUUGGCGCGCUAGGCCGCUUCGGCUGUGCUCUGCUGUUUGGCCGUCUCCUCUUCCGAGGGGCGGGUGUCCUGUCGCGGUCUCUAACCCUGUCAGGUAGCUCGGCUGCAGCCUCCGGACGUCCCUACCAGCUCCGCGCCUGGGCGGCGCCGCGCCCUUCGGCUCGUGGAUGGGGCGUUUCGGCCUCGCUCCCGGGUGCCCUGCUGCCCCGCGGACGCUCCACUUGGUCGGGGAGCGAUGCUCUGAGGUUCGGCACGUUCUGGUUGGAGCUCCGAGUCUCCGGAGAAGCAGUGUUGUGACAACCACGACCGCCGGGAAGUUUUAAGUUACUCUUUGUAACCCAGUAGCAUUGCAGACCAAUCCAGUGUUUAUAAAAUAGGUAUAGCUGUGGACCAACUGUCUACGAUCAUGCACACCUGGGUCAUGCUUGCUCCUAUGUUAGAUUUGAUAUAAUUCGAAGGAUCCUGACCAGGGUUUUUGGGUGCAACGUCAUCAUGGUGAUGGGAAUUACAGACGUGGAUGAUAAAAUAAUCAAAAGAGCCAAUGAGAUGAACGUGUCGCCCGCUUCCCUGGCCAAUCUUUAUGAAGAAGACUUCAAACAAGACAUGGCAGCCUUGAAGGUUCUCCCACCCACCGUGUACCUGAGGGUAACUGAAAACAUUCCUCAGAUAAUUGCUUUUAUCGAGAGAAUCAUUGCUAACGGGCACGCUUACUCCACCCCAAAAGGCAACGUCUACUUCGACCUGCAGUCAAGAGGAGACAGAUACGGCAAGCUGGUCGGCGUGGCCCCUGCCCCCGUGGGAGAUACAGGUCACUCUGACAAGCGGCAUGCCAGCGACUUCGCACUGUGGAAGGCGGCGAAGCCCCGGGAGCCGUCCUGGGCCUCGCCGUGGGGAGACGGGAGGCCUGGCUGGCAUACCGAGUGUUCCACCAUCGCCAGUUUGGUGUUUGGAAGUCGGCUGGACAUCCACUCGGGUGGCAUAGAUUUAGCGUUUCCUCACCACGAGAACGAAAUCGCACAGUGCGAGGUCUUUCACCAGUGCCAGCAGUGGGGGAAUUAUUUCCUACAUUCUGGGCAUUUGCACAUGAAGGGCAAAGAAGAGAAAAUGUCCAAAUCACUGAAGAACUACAUCACAAUUAAGGACUUCCUCAGCACGGCCUCCCCAGACGUCUUCCGGCUCUUCUGCCUGCGGAGCAGCUACAGGCGGGGUGAUGGCCAGGUCUCCUGUCCCUCCGGGAACACCGAGCCCGAGUCCUCGUGGCACCGGUCGGCUGGCCUCCCCAGAGGCGCUUCAGCCGUGGACUACAGCGAUGGCGCCAUGCUCGAGGCCAGGCGUCUGCUCCGUGCCGUGGCCGCCUUCGUGGAGGACGCUCGCGCCUACAUGAGGGGGCAGCUGGCGGGCGGCCCCGUCCAGGAGGACGUGCUGUGGGAGAGGCUGGGCCGCACCAAGGGGGCCGUGCAGGCGGCGUUGGCGGACGACUUCGACACGCCGGGGGCGGUGGACGCCGUCACGGACCUGGCUCACCACGGGAACAGACAGCUGAAGGCGGCCGCCGAGGCGGCCGGUGGUCCCAGGAGCCCCGCCGUGUUCGGUGCCAUCGUGUCCUACGUGGAGCAGUUCUUUGAGACGGUGGGGAUUUCUCUGGCUGAGCGACAGUGUGUUUCAGGGGCCGGCAGCCCGGCCGCCCUGCACAGCGUGGUCGAGGAGCUGGUCCGCUUCCGGCAGAAGGUCCGGCAGUUCGCUCUGGCCGCGGGGGAGGCCCCCGGGGAGGCGCGGCGGCAGCUCCUGGAGAGACGGCCCCUGCUGGAGGCGUGCGACGCGCUGCGCCGGGACCUGGCGGCCCACGGCGUCAGCAUCAAGGACAGGAGCGGCGUGUCCACGUGGGAGCUGCUGGACCCGAGGACAGAAGACCCCAAACCAGGGAGCUGAGGACACGGGAUGCGGAGGCCAUGGCUCCCGGCGCAGUUCUGUGCUGCCUCAAGUCACGAUAAAAGCUUGAUGUUAAAGUUUCUGUUGUGGCUGCUCAGUUAACCUUAAAAUAAACCAAACUGUCACGGC